AUGACUGAAAAUAAUCGAUUUUGGAUCAACAUUCUCCGUGACUAUGAUAGCGAACGGAUCUUUCCAUUACCAUAUGAUCGGCAUCCGAUUCCGAAUGAGAAACGAUCUGAUCAAAUUUGGUCGAGCACCUUCGAAUUUGAUUCCGAGAUGUUACAAAUAAUUCAUCAGCAUGCCGAAGAACUGAAUACCACAAUCGAAAACUUACUUUUCAGUUCUUAUUAUAUUUUCCUAUUCAAAUUAACAAACGGUGAGAUGGAUCUAUAUGUCGGGCGGAAUAUUUCCAUCGACCACCGCAUUCCAUUUUAUCUUCGUAUUGGCCCUACUUGGAGUUUUGCUCAACUUCUCAAACAAGUAACUCAAAUGUCAGCAUGCACUAAACAACAUGCCCAUCUACCACUAUCAUCCAUACACUCUCUCAAGCAUCCAUUGAAAUUUCCUGUUGUUUUCUAUUAUGGUAGACAAUUACUCCAACAGAGUCCAUCCGAUCUUUCUUUGUGUAUUGUUCACGAUGAACAGCUCAACACUCUUCGAUAUCAAGUCCAUGCAUCAGCUCACGUUUUCGAUCAAUCGACAACACAACAGCUAUCUCAACGAUUUCAAUGCCUCUUCCAUCAACUAUUCACUUCCUUCGAUCUCAACAUCCAACCCAUCUAUCAGCUUUCCAUCAUUCUACCUCAUGAACAUGCCCUUCUCAAACACUUUCACCCCCUACAAACUCACUCUCAAAAGCCCACUUCGACAACAAUCCCACACCUGUUCAUUCAACAAGCCAUAAAAAAUCCUCACAAGACAGCUGUCACACUUGAUCACUCAUCUCUCACCUAUUCUCAACUACUCUCUCAAGCCAAUCAGCUCGCUCACACUCUUAUCGAUGACCAUCACAUCAGCGAAGGUGACAUCGUCUGUCAAUGUAUGCAUCGAAGUAUCGACAUGGUCAUCGGCAUUCUGGCCAUCAUGAUGGCAGGUGCCAUCUAUGUUCCACUCAAUCCAUCCGACUCAUCUCAUCGACUCGACUCUCUCAUCCAACAAAUCAAACCAAAACUGGUUCUUCGUCGCCUUCCUCACACCGGACACCCGUAUGAACAGUCACCUCAGUUGUCAAUAACGGGUGAAUCGAUCGCACACAUCAUCUUCACAUCGGGAUCCACUGGUAGUCCGAAAGGUGUGCAGAUUCGACAUCGAAACUUUGUUUCCUACAUGGAAACACAUCAGUUCGAUGACAAGGAUAUCAUUCUACAGUUGGCCAACUGUUCAUUUGAUGUUCAUGUGGACGAGAUCGUGAGUGCACUCUGUCGAGGUGCACAUCUUGUUCUGCUUCGACACGGUGGUCACCUUGACUUCGACUAUCUGACGAGUGUCAUCGCUGAGCGUCAGGUGACGUUCAUCGCCCCCGUGCCAUCGUGGAUCGAUGGUCUGUGUGGAUAUCUUCGAGAGAAUUCGCAUGCGUGUGAUAGAAUGAGAUCGAUUCGUUGGUGGUUUAUUGGUGGUGAACAACUGCUAAGCUCAACGAUUCGACAGCUGUUACCAUUUAUUGAUGAAGAAUGUCAUCUGUUGAACACCUAUGGUCCUGCCGAGAUCACGGAAACGGCCACAUGUUAUGAAGUGAAUCGUGAUGAGGUGAGUGAGAUGAUAUCGAUUCCGAUCGGUCGUCCGUUGAGUGGUUAUCGGGUGUUCGUUGUUGAUGAAUAUGGACAGGAAGUGGUGCCUGGUGAGCAAGGUGAAAUAGUGGUGGGAGGUGUGGGUGUGUUUGGUGGAUACUAUGGGCGAGAAGAGUUGAGUAAGGAGGUGAUGAUGGAAGUGGAAGGUGAUCUGUGUUAUAAGACGGGUGAUUAUGGUCGAAUGGAGGUGAAGAGCGGUGAGUUGAAGUUUGUUGGAAGAAAAGACUUUCAGAUCAAACUUCGAGGACAACGGAUCGAACUCGGUCAUAUCGAACAUACAAUACUAAGAUUUUCAUCAUUCAUAUCAAACUGCAUCGUGAUGAAAGCUAUGUAUCACGAACAAGAGCAUCUAGUUGCUUAUGUGGAAACGACAGUAACUGCAGUGAAUGAAGAUAGUUUACGCGAAAAUUGCUCAUUGACCUUGGCGUCCUAUAUGGUUCCAUCAUUAUUCAUAAUUUUACAAAAGUUUCCGUUGUCAUUGAACGGAAAAGUUGACCGGAAAUCGCUUCCAUCGCCUGACUUUGCCCUCCUAACACAAUUGGUUGACGCAGAUGCGGAAGCAAUGAAUCCAAUGGAAGUACGUGUGCAUCGAUUGUGGUGUAAGGUUUUCUACCUGCCGAAAAUUCCUGCCAACAGUUCUUUCUUUUCUCUACACGGUACAUCUUUAUUAUUUAUGAAAUUAUACAAUUUAUAUCAAACUGAAUUUGGUAUCGCUCCGGAUAUAGUGACAUGUCUACAGCAACCACAUAUCAAUGAACAUGCUCGACUUUUGACAGAUUUAAUCAGUUCAACUUUAAAUCCACGUUAUGAACCAUGGUCCAGCUUGCAUGUUGAUCAAGGCGCUGUAUCAUUCGCUCAAUCGCGAAUAUAUCUCGAUGAACAAAUCCGUUUUCAAUCAUCGAAUAAGACGACGACAGCAAUCUAUAACCUCCCUCUUCUAUGUCGUUUGUCACAAUCGUUUAUCUCAAUUAUCCGUCUCCGAGAAACUCUGCAGGAAAUCACUGAAAAACAUGAUGUUCUCCGCACAUCUAUACAAUUCGACUCCGCAACUGGUCAUCUAAAACAAUCAGUUCUACCCACUUCUCUCCAGGAUUGCUUUACUUUUAAAAUGAGUAUCAUCGAUGAUGCUGAUGAAUUAAAAACAAUUUUUAAUGAUGAAUUGACCAAUCGGAAUUAUUUUGAUAUUGAACGUGGACGAGUUUUUCGGUGUCAUAUCAUUCGCCAACGUUCGACAAUGUGCAACGACGCCGACUUGCUGUCGAUCGGAGAUUGGAUUAUUUUCAAUUUUCAUCAUAUCGCCUUUGAUGGAGAAUCCGAACAGAUCUUUCUCGACGAUUUCCAUCAACUUUACAGUCGUCAACAGCACAAACAAGAAUUACUACAAUACAUUGACUUGGACGAAAAUGAAUAUAUACCAUAUUAA